AUGCCGGGUACAACCUCGUUACCCCGAGACUUUGAACUGGGGUUCGCGACGGCGUCGUACCAAAUCGAAGGCGCCGUUGCGGAAGACGGGCGUGGGAAGUCAAUUUGGGACACGUUUUGUCACUUGGAGCCCACCCGGUCGAAAGGUGCCAAUGGCGAUGUUGCCUGUGACCACUACCACCGUCUAGAGGAAGACCUCGAUCUCUUGAAAAAGUACAAGGCUCAGACGUACCGGUUCUCGAUCUCAUGGUCGCGAGUCAUUCCUCUGGGCGGCAGAGACGACCCGGUGAAUGAAGCUGGAAUCGACUUUUACAACCGGCUUAUUGACGGCUUGAUUGCCCGCGGGAUUACGCCCUGGGUGACACUUUACCAUUGGGACCUGCCACAAGGAAUCCAUGACCGCUACGGUGGAUGGCUAGAUGUGGAAGAGUCACAAAAGGACUUUGAAAGAUAUGCCCGAGUUUGUUACGAGCGAUUUGGCGAUCGUGUCAAGGACUGGAUCACUCUUAACGAACCAUGGAUUGUCUCCAUUUUCGGAUAUGCCACGGGGAUUAAUGCCCCUGGAAGAAGCAGUAUCAACAAGCAGUCAACAGAGGGCAAUACCCCGACUGAGCCCUGGAUUGUUGGCAAGGCUCUCAUCAUGAGCCAUGCUCGUGCGGUGGCGGCUUACAACGAAGACUUCCGGUCUUCUCAAAAGGGCAGAAUUGGAAUAUCUUUGAAUGGUGAUUUCUACGAGCCCUGGGACAGCGACGAUCCUCGAGACAGCGAGGCCGCAAUUCGAAGAAUGGAAUUCCACGUCGGCUGGUUUGCCAACCCCAUUUUCUUACAACAAGACUACCCCAAGUGCAUGCGGGAGCAACUUGGCAGCAGACUCCCCGAGUUCACUGCUUCCGACAUGGCUCUCCUACAAAGAGCGGAGUCUGAUUUCUACGGCAUGAAUUACUAUACAUCUCAAUUCGCUCGCCACCGCGAAGAGCCGGCUUCUGAGAACGACGUCAUUGGAAACGUCGAUGAGCUUCAGGAGAACAAGAAGGGCGAGCCGGUCGGUGAGGAGAGCGGACUGCACUGGUUGAGGUCUUGCCCAGGGAUGUUUCGAAAGCACCUGACCCGCAUCUACGGCCUGUACGGGAAGCCUAUUUACAUCACUGAGAACGGGUGCCCAUGUCCAGGGGAAGACAAGAUGACCAAAGAGCAGUCUGUCGAGGACGAUUAUCGGAUCCGAUAUUUCGAAGAUCACCUUGACGCUAUAGGCAAGUCAGUCAGCAAGGAUGGCGCUGUUAUCAAAGGAUACUUUGCAUGGUCCCUGAUGGACAAUCUUGAAUGGUCUGACGGUUACGGGCCAAGAUUUGGUGUCACGUUCACAGACUACGACACUUUGGAGCGAACGCCGAAGAAGUCGGCUUUAAUCCUUAGAGAGCUUGUUGAGACACGGAAAUCAGCAGCAACGUAGAAUAUUCCACUCUCUGCCAUAAAUGUUUGCUUCUUAGUUCUUGGUACACAUAUUGGGACCGCCAGAUAGAGGUCACUUGCAGUUAGAAGUUCAGUUCAUUGACAUUAUAAAGUUAGAACCGAAGCAAUAUAUGAGGAUAAUGUUAUUUGUCCAAACCAACUCCUGACUAGAACAUUAUCC